AUGACAGACUCUGGCUGUUCCAGCGCCCCAAAAUACUUUCUCACUACAGCACGUGUUGGCUUUCGUCUUUGGACUGACAAUGAUAUCGGCUUGGCAUUAGCAUUGUGGGGCGACCCAGAAGUCUCUCGUUUCAUUAACGCGCGUGGUGCCCUGAAUGCGGCCGAGGUGAGGCAAAAGCUAAAUGCUGAGUUGCAAUCGCAAGCCGAGUACGGCAUACAGUACUGGCCAAUCUUCCUGAAAGAGAAUGGUGAGCAUGUUGGCUGCUGUGGAGUGCGUCCCAAGGAUAUUGCGAAUGGCGUUAUGGAGUUUGGAGUUCAUUUGCGGCGUGAUUAUUGGGGUUCUGGGCUGGCUGCCGAAGCUGGCUGCGCCGCUAUUGAUUAUGCAUUCGCGCAUCAGCAUGCUACAGAACUGUUUGCAGGUCACAAUCCACAAAACAAGGCUUCACGCCAUCUACUGCAGAAGCUCGGGUUUGUCUACAUUUGCGACGAGUUCUAUCCACCGACUGGCCUGAUGCAUCCGUCUUAUAACUUGAGACGGCCAACUACGACGACAUAA